AUGGCAUCCCCAAACCAAGGCCCUCGCCGAGUCGGACAAUGGCUGUACCUGAAGCCUGAAUGUAUCGAAGACUACAAGAAAUGCCAUGCAGCAGUGUGGCCCGAGGUCCUUGAACAAAUCAAAGAUUCCAACAUCAAGGAUUACUCCAUAUACCUGUCCAUGACACCCCGACCAACGCUAUUCGCGAGCUUCAAGUACGUGGGGAACGCCUUUGACGAGGACAUGGCGCGCAUGGCUGCGAAUAAGAAGGUGCAGGAGUGGUGGACCAUGACGGAUGGUAUGCAGGAGAGCCCGGUGGAGGGGGCAAAGGGGAGUGCGACAGGACCAGGGUGGUGGGGACAGACCGAGGAGGUAUUCUAUGUGGAGUGA